AUGAUCGCUCUACGAUGGGGAAAGUUCCUGCAAAAACCAUCAGCACCGUUUUGGCUGUGGACUGCAUGGAUUAAAUUCACGCGCCUUCUUCUUCUUGCUAGUCAAAGAGUGAAUAUAUCUCUUCAAAAAGCAAUUGACAGUGAAACUCGACAUUCCACGGACAGAAUCACAUAUCUUACGACUUGCUUGAAGCACAAUAUCCUCGCCAAGGAAUUAGAGUAUCAAGCAUCAGCAUUGCACACGUUAUUGCCAAAUGCAGAAGCAUGA